AGCUGUAUUUUUAAAUAAAAAUGCAAUUCAACGGUCUACUUUCAUACUUCAUUUGCGUCCGGACGAAUGAAUUUUCUCCCUCGGCAAAAUCUCCACCGGCUUGAUCGAAGAAGAACCCGCCGCGUUAAAAAAUAGCGCGCGACCGAGACGCUCCCGUGCGUCGUGAUAUAAUCACGAAUCCGGGGCGCAACAGGGCGAUCAAUAUUUCUCGAUUGCGAGGUGCAGGUAUCUGCCCGAGACGACAUCGGGUACACGCGUAGGAUGUAUUUUAAUCUUCCGCGUCAUCUAACGCCUAUCGAUAUCAUGGGUCGAUCCUUCUUUUAUUUCACACAUCAGUGUUCUUUUACGCGCGCCGCAUCCGCAUUCUGCGCCCGAUGAUGAUGCGCCGUGGGCCUGCGCGUGGAAAAUUUCAAAAGGACUCCGGCCGCGUAUAGCCGGCCGCGAAAAUCCUUUAGUCCGCCACCGACGUUCGCCCCCUGCAUGUCGCAUCGUAUUUUAAUGACCGAGAGAGGAGGCCGGAGGAUCACGCGACGGCAGCUGCGUGAAUAAUCGUCACCGACAAUCACCGGAAGUCACGAGCCCGAAUUACGCCGGGGAAAACUACGGAGGAGACGAGUUAACAAAGGCGGGGAUCCUCAGGUUCGUGAGUUAACCGGCUGAUGCAUCGGCAAACCGAGAUGUUCUAUCCCAUGAGGAUGAGGCAACGAUACGCGAAUCAUCGAUGUCGGGAUAACGAGCAUCGAUAGGUAGCGGAGUAGCAGGAAAUAAUCAUGCAGCCCGAGGAAUUUUUUGCGACGCAACGUGCGCACGGCACGUUGAAUUUCCCGACCCAUGCCACCCCGCUGCUCCACCGAUCGAGGUUCGAGGGGUCGAUCGAAUCCAAGAAAAUGACAACGAUUGAUGAAUCGGUGGCGGCGGGCACGGACAUACAAAGUCGUAUCGGGCAUGUCAGUGGUGUACUCUAUUUAUAUGGGACGCCGCCGCUGAUACUCUUCUGCGUCAUCUCGAUAGCCAUAAAUAUCAAGGUUCUGAUGAGUGUAUUUUGGAUAAAACGGCCGCUCAGUCCAACGUUACACAUCAGCUUGAGUUUAGCAGGCGCGGACGCUUUCUCCAGCACCGCUCUGGGCAUAGGAUUAAUCAUGAAUAGUUUUAUACCCUAUGGUCUUGGAAUUGAGUUGAAAGGCGUAAGCUGUUUUGUAUUGGCGCUUGAAGCGGUGAGAUUGGGAGGCGUGAUAAUUACCGUAUUUCAUCUGAUGGCUCUGGCCGUCAACCAUUACCUGGGCAUUCUCAAGCCUCUCCAUUAUCUUUCGAUCAUGACGUACAGGAAUACUACGUUUCUCUUGGUCCUGCUGUGGGUACUACCAAUUUCCUUCUUCGCGCUCUACUUUAGUCUAAUCGAAAAUGAAGGCUUCCAGUCCGUGGGAUGCGAGAAGAACGCGUUCCUGUAUCACAAGCAAUUUCGAAUGUUGUUCAGCAGCCUCUUCUUCGGACCGUUCGCCCUAAUGGUUUGCAUUUACGUUCACAUAUUCUGCAUAGUGAAGAAACAUCAAGCCACGAGACUGCGCUUCCGCAGAGCGGGAUCAUCCUUUCGCCCGAGGGCGUCGGAAGCGUUACGCAGCACUUCCAGGCAAAUGGCGAAAAACGUCAAGGCGGUCCACACCACUUUACUCAUACUUGGAAGCUUCCUGAUCGGCUGGAUGCCCGGAGUAAUGAUGUACCUGCUCGUGUGCGAGGACUGUCUGUUGCAAUUCAAUUGGAUGUCGGGACACAGCACUUUCUUCGUCUACACGAUAAUCAACUGUCUCAUCAUCCUGAAGACCUUGGUCAACCCGAUUAUCUACGCCGCCCGAAUGCACGAGAUUAAGGCUGCCACGAGGCGAAUGCGCAACUCUUUCUGCGAGUGGGUGACGGCGCUCACCGGUCUACCUACCAACCACGGUAUCGACAGAGUGCACACCAGCGAGAAGAGUACACGAAGCCAGAAGAGCACACGAAGCCAGAAGAGCACACGAAGCCAGAAGAGCACGCGAAGCCAGAAGAGCACGCGAAGCAGAUACUCGCAGAAUUCGCGAAACGGCACUUGCCGGUCGUCGCAUAACGUCAGCAUUCAAAGAACGCGAAACGGCAGCACCUACACUUGCACGGUUUGCAAUGUGCGCGAAUGCGGCAACACGCUCGUGUAAACGUGAAAAGAAAACACUUUCUUACCGUGUAUCCGGACAUUUUACGUGUAAAUACGAAUAUAAGGCCGAGAGCGAGCGAUAAUAACGACUGCGACAAUAUUUUAAUAGCGUGUAAUUGAAAUUCGUAUUAACUUCUACCUGUUCCACUGCUCGUUCCCCGAUUUGAAAGUUAUCGUAACGACUCCCGGGAAACAAUUGAUUAUAUAUGAUUAUAUAUAAUUAUGUAAAAUCAUACCGUGAAUUUGCUGUCCAUAUAUGUGGCUACAUGUAUCAUCAUAUAUGUCUAUAUGAAAAAAAUGAUACGUUAUUUAAUUAAAUAUCGACAUCAUGUGCUGCCAAAAGCACAAGUAGCCGGAAGCAUUUGCUUCGAUUGCAUUUGCAUAUAAUUUGCAACAGUAUUUUUUCGUUGUGGACACAUAUGGUUACAUAUAACCAUAUAUAUGGGCAAAUUUCACAUAUGAUCUUUUUUCCCCGGGCUGUCUCUCAAGUUAAUCAGCAUUGUUGUCAGCCAUGUUUUGUAAUUCGUACAACAGACCCGAGCCAAUUUCGGCAAACAUCGCAUGUAGCCCGCGACAACAAUUGUUUCCUCAAGGCCGCAAUUCGUAGGCGCAAUUUUCAGAUGUAACAUGUCGCGUUUCGAUAUUCCUAACCCUGUUGUUACGUACGGUUUGGUUACUUCACAUUCUUAUUGUGUUCGUUCGUUCGUUCAAACGAAUCCCUAGAUGUCCAAGCGUCGUGAUUACCAAAUCAAAUAUACGGCAAACUUUUAAAGGAUUAUUUUACGUCAAGAGCUUUGCGACACGGCACUUCCUUUUUUUUAUUUACAUCAUGCGUCGAUAUUAGUCGCAUUUUAUUCAUACUUAAAACCGAUUGCUAAAAAUAGAAUUUCCAGGUAAACAAAAGGGAGAAAAAGAUACCGUGUAACAAAGUUAACUACUCUGUCAUGAAGUGAUCCCGACGUACACAUGAUAUUCUUUUUCUAUAUUUUAUAAAUAUCUAUCAUAUAAAAAAAGAGAAAGGAGAAGGAAUCGAUCGAUGAAAUUAAAAAGAAACUUCAGGAUCAAUAAUUGGAUAUAUCGUCGCGUUUGAAAAAAAAAAAAACGGAGACUAAUCGAAAUGAAGCAGAACAGCAAGGUUAAAUUACACGCGUAUUUUGAACGAUUCUGAAUUUCUACGUUUAUAAAGGAACGCUUAUUAUCUCGUCGUA